AUGGAAGUCCUCGAGACGGAAAAAGAAAUCCGAAAACGCGUAGAAGCCAUCUACAACUCGACGCGGGAGCGAUUUCCAGACACGCCUGCCUACGACGACUACCGCGAAAAGAAAGAAGACAUUGUGUACCAACUUGUCAGUGGAACCGAUGAGGCUGUCAAACGGAAACUGGAGGCCGAGCUACGGGCGUACGAGCGACAGAACACGAAACUGAUUAAAGAGAACAAGGAGGAACGCAAACAGCGCGAGAAGGAAAAGAUCUUCCAGAUUGUCCAGAGAGAAGGCAUCUUCUACGAAGUCGUCAAACGACGGCCCGCCCUCUCUAGAACGGCCGUCGACAAAGACCAACUAGUGCACCCUCUGGAGCGCCAGUACGCGCCGUACUUCCAGGAGGAGCAGGCGGCUGUCGCGGUGAGUGCGGAGAGCGGAGAGACUGCUCGGCCUUUGAAUCAUUCAAUCAAAGAAGACGCAGACGUGCCGCGACCCCGCUACAAGAACCGCGAGCAAUUCGAAAAAGCGGAGCUCGCCAGCGGCUAUACACCUCAGAUGGUCUUCGCCAAGGGGCUCUCGGAACUUGUCGGCUCUGUCCUGUUCCUUCUCCAGGGGAAAGGAAGAUCCACCGCGUAA